CCGCGGGGGCCGCCGCUCUUGGCCACUGCUGCUGGCCUCUUCCAGCCUUCGCCGAGAGGUACCCGGGGAUGACAGAUCCGGGACUGACCGAAAGGCGAGGAACCGGCCAGAGCCGGGGUCGGAGGGACGGCCCAGGUGUGGAAAAACUGGGGCUUUGAUCAAGCAAAUGCUGAAAAGCCACAUAAAGAAAAUCUGUAACAGUUAUUUCUCAACAAUUAUAUAGUCAACUGAUGUAACAAUGGUACUAAUAUUGGGACGAAGACUAAACAGAGAGGAUCUCGGGGUGCGUGAUUCACCAGCAACAAAGCGUAAAGUUUUUGAAAUGGACCCUAAAUCUCUGACAGGCCGUGAGUUUUUUGACUUCUCUUCAGGAUCAUCCCAUGCUGAAAACAUCCUCCAGAUAUUUAAUGAAUUUCGAGAUAGUCGUUUAUUCACAGAUGUUAUCAUUUGUGUGGAAGGAAAAGAAUUUCCUUGCCAUAGAGCUGUUCUCUCAGCCUGCAGUAGCUACUUCAGAGCUAUGUUCUGUAAUGACCACAGGGAAAGCCGAGAAAUGUUGGUUGAGAUCAAUGGUAUUUUAGCUGAAGCUAUGGAAUGUUUUUUACAGUAUGUUUAUACUGGAAAAGUGAAGAUCACUACAGAGAAUGUACAGUAUCUCUUUGAAACAUCAAGCCUUUUUCAGAUUAGUGUUCUCCGUGAUGCAUGUGCCAAGUUCUUGGAGGAGCAACUUGAUCCUUGUAAUUGCUUAGGAAUCCAGCGCUUUGCUGAUACCCAUUCCCUCAAAACACUCUUUACAAAAUGCAAGAAUUUUGCAUUACAGACUUUUGAGGAUGUGUCCCAGCAUGAAGAAUUUCUUGAACUUGACAAAGAUGAACUGAUUGAUUAUAUUUGUAGUGAUGAACUGGUUAUUGGCAAGGAGGAGAUGGUUUUUGAAGCCGUCAUGCGUUGGGUCUAUCGCGCUGUUGAUCUGAGAAGACCACUGUUACAUGAGCUCCUGACUCAUGUGAGACUCCCUCUGUUGCAUCCCAACUACUUUGUUCAAACAGUUGAGGUGGACCAGUUGAUCCAGAAUUCUCCUGAGUGCUAUCAAUUGUUGCAUGAAGCAAGACGGUACCACAUACUUGGGAAUGAAAUGAUGUCUCCAAGGACUAGGCCGCGCAGGUCAACUGGCUAUUCUGAGGUGAUAGUUGUCGUUGGAGGCUGUGAAAGAGUUGGAGGAUUUAAUCUUCCAUACACUGAGUGUUACGACCCUGUAACAGGAGAGUGGAAGUCUUUGGCUAAACUUCCCGAAUUUACCAAAUCAGAAUAUGCAGUCUGUGCUCUAAGGAAUGACAUUCUUGUUUCAGGUGGAAGAAUCAAUGGACGUGAUGUCUGGAUUUAUAACUCACAGUUAAAUAUUUGGAUCAGAGUUGCUUCUCUAAAUAAAGGCAGAUGGCGUCACAAAAUGGCUGUCCUCCUUGGUAAAGUAUAUGUUGUUGGAGGCUAUGAUGGGCAAAACAGACUUAGCAGCGUAGAAUGUUAUGAUUCCUUUUCAAAUCGAUGGACUGAAGUUGCUCCCCUUAAGGAAGCAGUAAGUUCUCCUGCCGUGACCAGCUGUGUAGGCAAAUUGUUUGUGAUUGGUGGAGGACCUGAUGAUAAUACUUGUUCUGAUAAGGUUCAAUCCUAUGAUCCAGAAACCAAUUCUUGGUUACUUCGUGCAGCUAUUCCUAUUGCCAAGAGGUGUAUAACUGCUGUAUCCUUAAACAACCUGAUAUAUGUUGCUGGUGGACUGACCAAGGCAAUAUACUGUUACGAUCCAGUUGAAGAUUACUGGAUGCAUGUACAGAAUACAUUCAGCCGACAGGAAAACUGUGGUAUGUCUGUAUGUAAUGGUAAAAUAUAUAUCCUGGGUGGAAGACGGGAAAAUGGAGAAGCUACAGACACUAUUCUCUGUUACGAUCCUGCCACAAGUAUCAUCACAGGGGUAGCUGCAAUGCCCAGGCCAGUGUCCUAUCACGGAUGUGUGACUAUUCACAGAUAUAAUGAGAAAUGCUUCAAGCUCUGACGCCAGCGUACCUCACCCAGAAAGCCACAGCAAUCCAAGAUGAGAGGUUUUAAAAACUCCAGAGUGGGAACUUGGUUUAUCUCCUUUAUGCCAUAUGCACAAAAAAACAAAAAUAAUAAUUGUCGUGCCUUUCUCCCCCAAAUACCAAUCUUUUAAACUGUAAUAAAGCCUUUUCUGUAAUUGGGGAAAAAAAAAAUUUGUUUUGAAGGUAAUAGUGGUCUUUGCUUGGGCUGUGAGAGUGUACCUUUGUGCGUAUUUGUUUAAAAAAAAAAAAAAAGCCUAUGUGAAAUAGGAAAUAAUGUUUGCCUGUAUACCGUUUAGGAAUUUGUGAAUGGUCUCUUCAUUUAUGUAUGUUUAUCUGCAAGACUGUUUAUUCCUUAUUUUGUCAUAUAAGUGUGUAUGUGUGUGUAUAUAUAUGUAGAAAAUUGCAUGACAAGUUUUCAUUUAGGUCAAAUCAUGUAAUGCUUAGAAUGCUUAGAAUCAUUCUACGGAGGGAAAAACAGUUUUAAAAAUCUUUUUCACUAAAAAAUACAUCCAAAUUGAUUAACUUUAUUAUGGUUUUUUUCUGUAAUUGAUAAAAGAGUAAUGACAAUGA